AUGUGGGUCGCCGGCGACCGAGUGGUCGUCCCAAACGUCGCGAUGUCGUCCAGAUGGGUCAAGAAUUUUAUCUGCUCGGCUGUUCUUGUCUAUGCGUACAUCCUGUCGGCUGCCCUCGCCCUCUACUUCCCUUUCCUCAGCUUCGCGACCCGCCGUGUGUAUCUGCAGUCGUGGCAGAGAACGCUCUACCCCACCGCUUGGUUCCAGGAGGAUUCUCAGCCCGCUAUCGAUUCCUUUUCAUCUGUCAACCGCUCUACCCUCCACCAUGCUCCAGCCGCGAGCAUUAAAGUCUGGUCCGGGGAAGGAAAGGGUCCGAGCGAGAAGCAGAUUACCAAGGGUAGUCGUCCAACGCGGGGCGAUAAGAUUAACUCGGUUCGAGCGGGUGGGAAGCCUGGAUUCCUCCUCGCAUCCCAAAUUAGGGCUGGCACAGUAGAACUGCUCCUGCUACAACAGCCAGGCACUCGCGAUGCAAUGCUGUUGGAACUACAAAGCCACACGAAGUUCAUCGUAACGAUGACCGUGAUUAUCCUCAAGAAGGCUUGCUGCAUUACGGGUUCGAGAGUAGUAGCGAUGUGCUGGAGCACGAUCCUCUGA